AUGGAGCUGCUGUGCUGCGAGGUGGAUCCCAUGAGGAGAGCUCUGCCUGACCCAAACUUGCUCUACGAUGACCGCGUUUUGCACAACUUACUCACCAUAGAGGAGAGGUAUCUGCCCCAGUGCUCCUACUUCAAAUGCGUCCAGAAGGACAUCCAGCCCUUCAUGAGGAGGAUGGUGGCCACUUGGAUGCUGGAGGAAUGGGAGCUGGUGGUGCUGGGGAAGUUGAAGUGGAACCUCGCAGCCGUCACCCCACACGAUUUCAUUGAACACAUCCUAAGGAAGUUGCCUCUACCUAAAGACAAACUGCUUUUGAUCCGGAAGCAUGCACAAACGUUCAUUGCCCUUUGUGCCACAGAUUUUAACUUUGCCAUGUACCCACCAUCAAUGAUAGCAACUGGAAGUGUGGGAGCAGCCAUCUGUGGCCUUCAGCUCGAUGAUGGGGAUAGCCUCACGGACCUCCUGGCCAAGAUUACAAACACAGAUGUGGACUGCCUUAAAGCUUGUCAAGAACAGAUCGAGGCGGUGCUAGUAAACAGCCUUAGGCAAGUCCGGCAGCAGCAACAGCAAAGCAAUCCUUCUAAGAUGGUGGACGAACUGGACCAGGCCAGCACUCCCACAGAUGUGAGAGAUAUCAACCUGUGAGGACAUCGGCACAGAAAGUCACGCUUGCUCCCCCCAGCCCUUUUAUUUUUGUUAUUAUUUUUAGAGUGAAUUUUUUUUUUUUAAUCUGCUCCCACAUAGAACGUAUUUAAAGCUCUUUUAGGUUAAAAAAAAAAAAAUACAAAAACUGAAUAAUGAAAAAAAAAAAGCAUUUGGUGCCUGUGAUGUUCUACAGAAGGGAAUCCCACAAUAUAUUUGGUAACUGCUAUUUGAUUAUGUAUCAGUGAUAUUAAAUGCUUAUAAAAGCAUACAAAGUAGCUAGAUAAAUGUAAGCCUGCAUUUGUGGGAACAAAGUAGAGUAUACUUGUCUGUGUAUUAUGACCUAGUGCAUACACCCCUUUUUUAGAUUUAAGAAAGGAAUCGUGUGUGCGAUUUUAUGGCUUGACUAGAUUGCAAAGCAAUAGAAUAAGGGGUUUAGGGCAAAGUGGGAAAAGAUCCCUGAAGCAAUUGAACCAUUUUGAAUGCAGAAGAGAUUUGCUGAUCUGUCACCUCUGUUAUUAGUCAGAAGUGUUUGUUGGAUCUCUGUAUGUUAGUUGUGUUUACUCUUGCUGUCUGUGGUAGCUGCUACCUAAGAAAGAAGAUGCUUUAUUUUGCCAGCCGGAAGAGCAGGUGGUUUUUUUGUUCGUUUGUUUGGUUUUUUGGUUUAUUUUUCUUUUUUUUUUUUUUUCUCAAAUUCCCCUCUCCCCUCUUGACUUUUUCUACUUUUCCUUCAGAAAUGGUUCAUUCUAAACACAGCAGCAUCUUUGGCAUAAGGGCAAUUCCGUUUACCCAACUGUGGGCCAAGCCAAAGUUAUCGAGUGUUCACAUUAGAUGGGGGAAAUGCACCAAUUAAUUCCGACCAGUUGGCUAAUCAGACCACCUCCGACCUUUGGAUUGCAAGAUGCGGUGGAUCGUCUGUGAAAAGCAUUAUAGUCCUUUACAGUGCUAAUGCUUCACAUCAAUGUUAACUUUUGGCAGCUCCUUAGCUUGGCCGUAAAGACAUUUAAAUGAUGCUCUGUCCAUCUUCCUUUUUAACAUAACCUCACUGUGUUAAAGAAGAUGAGAUUUGGUUUGAUCCCUCUUCUACCUACCCAUCUUCCCCCACCACCCCCGCACACUUUUUCAGCAUUUCAUUAACUUUAUUGAUCCACGGUGAGUGUUUUUAUAAACCAUUUCAUUCGAAAAGCACUUUGAAAAUUGUUCCUAAGGGAUUAAAAGAGAUUGUUUUUGACAAUUUUUCUGGGAAAA